CCGUGCAGAUCACGUGACUGAACCUGAACUCGAAAACAUGGCGGAUGUUGAAGCGACGAAGUCUCUGAGCGGUCUGUUGAACGGGAUAGCUCAGAAAGUUUAUUAUAAGAACUCAGAGAUCACAGAGGAGCUGCUGAGGGACCAGCUGUACCCAGACCUGUCCCAGGACGAGUUCAGGGCUCUGCAUGAGAAGAUGAGGGGACUCCUCAAGUCCAUCGCCACAGCGGACAUGGACCAUGCCCAGCUGGAGGCCUUCCUCACAGCGCAGACGAAGAGGCAGGGCGGCGGCGGGGUGACUGCCGAACAGGCCGCCGCCCUCGCCCGCUUCUGGAAGAGUCAGAGGGUCCGGGUGAGGGAGAGCCUGCUGGUUCAGAGCCGCUGGGAGCCCGGCCUCAGGGGCCUCUCCUGGAGGGUGGACCUGCAGACCGCAGCCAGCCGGGGGGACACGGCGCAAGGCGGUCCGGUGGCUCUGAUGGAGCUGGAGCUGGGCAGAGCUGGACAGGACUCAGAGUUCGUGUGUCUGGAGUUCGACGAAGCCAAAGUGAACCAGGUGCUGAAAAAGAUGGCCGACAUCCAGAGGAGCAUCGACAGCGUUGUUCACCGCACUUAAAGCUCCGAGUGAGAGUUUAUCUGAGGCGGCAGAGGAACAGAGAGAGGUGUGCCUGCCUCAGAUAUCCCCCCCCACCCACGCUGGAUGGGUGUUUCCUGUCGGGCCUGUUGAACCGUGUUUCUUAAAAAGUGGAACAAGUUCAGAUCUGUGUGUGACGGAGUGAUUACAGCUGCACACACACACACAGAGAGAGAGAGAUCUAUGAUACAUUAAGGCAGCUGGAAGCUCGUCUGACUUCUUCAUAACGUACACGUUGAACUGUUUCACUGUUGAGCUUUCAUAUCAGGAAGAUCCUUUACAGUCCUCCUCUGAUAAGAUCUUAUCUGCAAACAUACAGUCCAGAGAGAGGGAGCAAGAGGGACUGAAGCAAGUUUCAAAGAAAGGAGUGUAACGCAGCAACUGGAAACGAGAUCCAUCAUUUGGACACAUCCUGUAACAACUCAUUGGAUCAUUUGGACAUGUGACCACAGAAGGAGAGCGGGGGAUAAGCGUAGCAUCAACUCAGGACUCAUCUGAUGAGGCAUUGACCCCCUCUCUGCUCCACGUGGACCCACAAUUCAUUUAUUUUGUAGAUUAACCGGCUAACGUUUGCUAGCAUCUUGAAGCCGGUGUUUCACUGAAAAUGGUGACCCUGUCAACUGGCGACUUUCAGCCGAAUACGUCCGUCAGAAACACCUUUAGUUCUUCUUUAAAUACGGUGGCCCUGAGAGCUCACAGCACUGCAACUUAAGAAAACAUGGGGCGCUGGUGGCCUAGCGGUCUAAGCGCCCCACAUACAGAGGCUACAGUC